UCUCGCGAGGCCUGGCGAGACUUGUCACUGCACCGGAAACGACGAGGUUCACCUGAAGUGGAACACAAACAUCGAUCGGACGGCAGUAGCACGAGCUCCACUCUCUUGUGUGCCCGAUUGUGGGCUACUUCAAGUGGUUUUAGAGGAGAUUACGGCACAGAAACGUCGCCUGAAGUCUCGGAAACAAGACCAACCAGUUCCCUAAUCCUCUGGAAAUCCCGGACAGAGGGAAAACACCACCAACUGUUGGAGGUUUCAGAUUUGGGAUCAUCUCUCUUCCAAAGAUAGCAGCAUGAAGCCUCUACUACUGUUGGUGACAGUUGCGAUCUUCUGCCUUACAAGAAUAGAAGCUGAGCUGUCACCUGGCAGCCCUAACGUCUGCUUGGUCCAUGACACGGUGCUGGUCAGCAGACGUGUCUCUACAACAAAACCCUUUGAACAAGUCUACUACACCUCCUGUACAGACAUCAUCAACCUCUUCAGAUGCACACGAAGAAGGACUGUGUACAGAGUGCAGUAUGAGUCCAAAUGGGUGUCUCAGGUCCAGGCUGUGUACAGGUGCUGUGCAGGCUAUGUGGAAGUAGGAAACUACUGUCAAGCGGUUUGCCAGCCACAGUGUGUCCAUGGAAUCUGCCAGUCACCAAACCAGUGUUCCUGUGAGGCAGGGUGGAGGGGGCCAACUUGCAGCAGUGCCUGUGACAACUCUCACUACGGUCCCCACUGUCUACAACAGUGCCUGUGCUUUAAUAAUGCCACCUGUAACCCUGUGGAUGGGUCCUGUGCCUGUCUGCCUGGACAUUAUGGGGACCAUUGCGAGUUCUUCUGUCCAGCGGGCACUUAUGGGGAAAGCUGUCGCCAGACGUGCCAGUGUCAGAAUGGUGCAUCGUGUGAUCCUGUCACUGGGGCCUGUACCUGCAGUCCUGGCUUCAUCGGUCCAUACUGUGAACAACGUUGCAGUCCUGGUUUCCAUGGAGACCAGUGUGCUCAGGAGUGUCGGUGUCAAAAUGGCGCUACCUGCCACCAUAUCCACGGGCUGUGCGAAUGUCGGCCUGGCUUUACUAAUGAGGUUUGUGGUGAGCCGUGUCCCGAGGGUACAUACGGCAUCAACUGUUCUGGUACGUGUAACUGUCACAACGGAGCUGUGUGUAACGUUACCACAGGACAGUGCAGCUGUCCACCGGGAUACUCAGGAGAAAGAUGUGAGAAGGAGUGCAACGUAGGCUACUAUGGUCCCAACUGCCUGAAACAGUGCAGCUGUGAGAGUAGUCCCUGUAACCCUCGUACUGGGGUCUGCCAGUGUCUGCCUGGGUACAGGGGGAAAAGGUGCCAACAUGAGUGUCAGGUCGGGUACUAUGGGCUGAACUGUAGUCACAGGUGCACCUGUCGGAAUGGAGGCACCUGUUCACCUUUUGAUGGCAGCUGCAGAUGUCCAAGGGGUUUCAAAGGAGAAGACUGUGAAGAUGUGUGCCCCCAAGGCAUGUUUGGGGAUGGGUGCCGGUACCCGUGUGACUGUGCUAACAGGGCGCAGUGUGACCCUGUAUCGGGGGUCUGCAACUGUUCUAGGGGCUGGAGAGGGCCCACAUGUUCAGAAAGCUGUACCCAUGGUCACUAUGGUAAAGACUGUAAGGAGCUGUGUUUGUGUGAGAACGAUGCCAGCUGUGACCCUGUCAAUGGAGACUGUUACUGCAAGGCUGGGUACAUGGGCAGGUUCUGUGAUCAAGAGUGUUCCCCAGGCUACUAUGGGCUAUACUGUAAACAACAGUGCCUCCACUGUGACAAUGGUACCACGUGUGACAGGGUGACUGGAGCUUGUUAUCCCUCAGUAAUAUCCGGGAGAACAGGAGAUAAGGUGGAGAGUCUGGACCCAGCAGGGAAGCACAUCGCCCUGAUCAUCGGUGUGGUGAUCAUGGUGAUCCUGCUGGUGCUGCUCAUCAUGGUGGUGGUGUGGUACAGGCGCAGGCUCCGCGAGGAGAAACAGAAGAGGCUCAACGGGCUCCCGUCUGUCGUAUACCAAGCUACCACCAGGCCAAAUGACUACACUAAUGCAGAUGACAUCGUUGCUGCCUCUGUCACGGACACGAAAUCGUCCACAGACCUGCCCAACCCGCUGUACAGGAACCAGCCUGCGAGCGGAGGCCGUCCCGUCCCCACCCCGCCCAACAUGACCAACAACGUGCUCUUCACUUCCUUCAAGAACCUGGAGAUGGAGAAACUGGGCGCGGUGGGCGGGGCAGACGAACACGUGUACGCAGAGGCUGAUGACUACAAGUUAAACAGGGAUCCUAACGAACUAGGAGCCUGUGGUGGGAGUGAUCCUCGAUAUGAAGACAUGAGGACCAAACUUACAAAUAAAGGGAAAGGAGUCUUCCUCCCCCUGAGCACCCACAGUGACUCGGACGAUGAGAGCUACAGCAGUCCGGAGUCUCCCAUCCUCCUGGAUAACCCCUACGAGAACGACACCUUCGGUUCAGCCGACAACAUCGACGCGCACAUCUACGACACAAUACCACAGAGAGCGCCGUGCUACAACAUCCCCCUACCUGAUAGAAUAUCCACCACUUGUUAGGGUUGCAGCUGCAGUAUUGUGGUGAUGACAGAGAUUACUGUGCUACUCGCACAGAACAUAUUGUUGCUUAUUGAAAUAUACUCGUCAUGAUUUGUAAAAAUUGUCCCAGUCUUCCUUGAACAGUUUUAAAGUCGGCCAUUUUUGCUCUCUUCUUCUGAAUCAAACUGAAAAGUUUAUGAUGUGCUAGGUACAUUUUGCUUGUAUAAGGCACGACCAGAAAGUUUAGAUUUCGGGGCGCACAAUAAUACAUGUACUGGACAUCUUUCUUGCUCUGUCAAAUGUAUUGUGAAAACUAAUGGCACAGGAAACAACGAAAAGUGUACACUUAUAAUAUCGGGUGUAAUUAUGGUAACUGCAAUUCUUUUCAUGAAAAACAAAACAAAUUACAGUAUGUAGCAAUAAUGCCAGGUGUAGAAGACUAGAGUCCUGUGCUAUAUUGUCAUUGAUAUCAUGUCACUGAUCUUAAAGAAUGGCAAAUUAUUUUCUUGAACAGUUAUAACAUUUUUUGUAUGUAUGGGAGUGAACAGUUUUUGUCUAAAUCAUGGCAUUUUCAUUCCAUGUUAGAAUGUGACAGACUGGUCUUGUUGCAACAAUUUAGAUAUCUUCCAUAGUGUCACUGCUCUACUGGUUUACUGAACGAAUAUUCUUAAAAAAAAAACAAGCUUGUUGAUACAGUCCAGCCACAGUCACUCUGAUGUUGGCAAUUCUGUUGCACAUGAAGUAUAUGUCUUACCAGACACUUGGAGAUGGUGUUCAAAAGACUGGGUAACCAGGAACUACAGUCAAUCUAGAAUUCUAGCCUGUCAUAGACCAGUACAUCAUUUGUGGGAAAGUUUGAGAAACCGGAACAUCAACAGUAUUUAGCAUUAGCAUCCAAAGUUAAGUAUUGCACUAUAAAUAUUGUAUCUAAAGUGUUGCCUGGAAAAAGUAACAAUUUUAAGUUUUCUGAUGUAAGUUGCCAAUGGCUAUGUGCUCAACCUCUGGAUAGUAUGCUGUAUAUUUAAGCUGCACAUGUACAGAGAUAAGUGAACUGUAGCAAACAUAAGAAGUGUCAAACUUUGCAAUCAUGCUUUAGGGGGUGUAGAAAUUGAUAAACACACAGCAAGCAAAACUAUAACAAUAUGAACAGCAACAAAAUACACUAUACACAGUCAAGAACUUUUACAUGUUCUUGUAAGAUUUAUAUCAAUGACAUAUUGUUGCCUUUAAGUGUAUCAUUUUAAUCUCAACAAACUUGUAGAUUUAAUAUGACAUCCAGUGUAUGAUAAAGGCUAUAUUACCACUUUGAAACUAGAAGUAAUGAUUUUGUAAAUUGAUGUAUAGUUUCAUAAGUCAUAAAUUGUAACAAUUAUUCAAUAAUUGCAUCUGGAGGUUCAUAUUGUACAAAUUUUAGACAUUUUCUGACUGUUUUCUCGAAUUUUCGACUGAAAUUUCCGAUAUUUUGCAAGAGAAAUCUUUGUCUGAGACUAGUGCCAUACUGGACACAGUAACAUCAAACUUGAGUGUGUUUGUAUAUAAAUCAUAAUAUUUAUUUUGUAUAUUGAGAAAGACUGGCUAAAUGAUGUUUUGAUAACUGAUAAAGAUGUGUAAGAUAGUGUGCAAUCAGUGCCCAUCAUUGACACAGUUCUGUGAACAAUUUUUAUUCCUAAGACUUCAAGGUAUGGUUCUACACAACAUCUUAUAGUUUCUUACAGAAGUUGAGCAAUGUUGUACGAUUCUUAUGGUCAGUUUUCCAUGGCAACUUAAAAUCUUGCAGUGAUGCCUUGAAAAAAGUUAAGAAACCUUAGAAGAACUUUUCUUGUGGAAGAAUUCUUGUAAAUAAGUAUCAAAGUCCUGUUCACUUUGAAAUUCAUUUUUCUGGAAAGUGAAAAACACUGAAAGUGUCCUUGUAGUAUGUUACUUGUAUGAUGUAAACUUAAAAAGAAGUGUUCCAUGUAUAUCAAAUAUAUCUAGUAUAUAUAACACAUGUAACAUUACUGUAAUGUACUAAACCUAUUAUGAGGAGGCAUUUGUUUACUACUGUUGUGUAAAAUUUGUUAAAAGUAUAUUCUGUACUUUGCCCAUUUGUUUUCUUUCUACAUAACGUGACAUGAGAAUUUUUAUGGUACACUACACUUUCUGAAUAUAUGCAGAAAGAUCAAAUGCGUACACUGAACAGAAUCUAACUUGAACUGUUGUGUAAAGUAUGUCAAGUAUUUCCCCAUGUGCACUCCUCAGUAUUGUGGAAACAAAAUAAACGCUACUCAGUAUUUUCCAGAAAACA